AUGCCAAUUGUUGUCGCUGACACUUGGAUGACACCCAUCAUCACUUACCUCGAGCAAGGGACUUUAGCAGAGAACCGCAAUGAUGCCAAGAGGACGAUGAGACAGGCUGCUCGAUAUGUCAUAAAAGAGGGGGUGUUAUAUAGAAGAGGGUACUCUAUGCCACUGAUAAGGCAUGGUAUUACAAAGAGCUUCUCCUCGGUGGCUCACCCACAAGCAAAUGGGCAGGUGAAAGCCGUGAAUAAAACAUUAAAGGACACCCUUAAGAAACGUCUCGAACAAGCUAAAGGGUGUUGGGUGGAAGAGUUACCAGAAGUUCUCUGGUCGUAUAGGACCACUGCUCGGAUGGUGACAGGCCAUACUCCUUUUUCCUUGGCAUAUGGUUAUGAAGCUAUGCUACCAGUCGAGAUCGACCCUCCGUCUCAUCGAAGAAGCACUUACAACCACGACAAAAAUAAUAAAUUGCUGGCUGAAUCUUUGGAUUUUAUUGAGGAAAAGCGAGAAAAGGCGAGCAUAAGGGUUGCUGCUCAUCAAUAA